AUGGAGAAGACUUUGAACAGAAUUCAUCCAGUUUCUGAUCCAGAAGCAACGUAUUUUCUACAAGUAUCAUGGGACAAAGAUUUAGGCACUGGCUUUGGUAUAAUACUUAGUGAUGGUCAAUGUGCAUGGACUGGGACAGUGUCUGAAGCUGAAAUUUCUAGGGAGGCUGCUGACAUGGAAAUGAAUAGAGAAAAGUAUGUCGAAGAACUGAAGAAAGCAUUGAUAGCUGGAGAAGAAUCAGCUGGCAAAUAUAACUUUGCUAUUUCAAGAGAUGAAGAAAAUAUGGAGUGUCACUUCUCCUAUGAAAGAAAUCUGAAAGAUGGCUCUUUUAGACUUGGAUCUCUGAAGCUACAGAAAGUUUCGAGUCCGGCGGAGGUAGUUAGGGAACUGAUUGGUUACUGUCUGGACUGCCUGGGAAGACUGCAGGCGAAAAACGAGCAUCUGCAAAAAGAAAAUGAAAGGCUUUUCAGCAACUGGAGUGAUGUGGAGAAGCGGCUGGAAAAAUGCGUGGAAGCUAAAGAAGAACUGGAGGCAGAUCUGUAUAACCGGUUUAUUUUGGUGCUGAAUGAAAAGAAGGCAAAGAUAAGAAACUUACAGAAGUUGUUGAAUGAAGCUAAAGAAUCUGCAGCAGAUGCCAAAUGUACAAGAGAUAGUAUAGCUACUACUCAGAUGGCUACAGGGAGAGAAAAUGACUACGAUGGCAGCAUUGAUGAGGAAAGUGAAAAUUUAGCACGGGCCUCAUUACCAUCAGCACCAGAACAAAGGGGUUCCCUUCUGGGUAGCCCAGAUGUCAUUGAUGCUGCUCCAAGAAGAAAGCGAAGACAAAGGACAGCAAAGCCUGCUGGGACAGGAGCCAAGAUGGCUACUUAUGAGACAGAACUGCCAGCCAAGGAAAAACCUGAUCUGGCCUCACAGAAGACACCGGGCAAGCAUUCCCUGGAUGUGAUGUCUCUCGAAACCCUGGAAAACACUUGUGAGCCGGAGGACCUCUUUGAUGACAUCUAGCUAUGUGUUGGCCGAGAAACUGAGAGACUGGUGCUUCUAAUAGAGAUAAGCUAUAAAACUAAAAGGCUUUGUUAUAGACACUGAGCUGAAAUCUUUACUCUGAGGUGGUAUUUGAUGACAUAUUGCUCUAAUCCUCUUGCACUGCACUUGUCCCCAUUCUUCACUAUGCGGUUAUAGACCCUUGGUCUGCUAGGCUUGAUUUGUGACAGCCUUGAAAUCAGUUUAGGCUCUGUGUGGAUUUUUUAUCCUGUGUAUACGGGGAAGGAGAGCACCAUCAUAGCAUUUUUACAUCCUAACAGUCUCUGGCUGCUGAUUGUAUCCAGGAUCAACUGGUUUCCAGAUGUCCCCAGGAAUAAGUCAGAUGUAAAGAUGAUUAAGGCUACCACUGUACUUACCUUAUAUACUGCCCCUUUCUUGAGAAGCUCAGCUUAGACGUGGUCUAGCUAAAUCAUCUUCAACUUUGAUUGAGAUAUAGCGUCCUAAACUGUGAGUUUAGGAUGAUAUCUUCUGACGUGAAGCAUCCAAAGAAAUGUCCUUUCACUUUUUACUUGAAGGUUCUCUGCAGCAUUAUGCAUUAUAAGGUAUUCUUGCUUUUGGGCUUAUAAAGUCAAUAUUGACUCUAUUUUAACCUUCUGUAGAAACCCGUAGCCUAUAACAUUGUUAUUUUUGAUACUUCAUCAUUUUUCUUAAGGUGAUUUCUGA